AUGUACCUAAAACUUGACUUAUUCUUCGUUCUGGUUACUGCCAUCGAAGUAUUUUUAUCAUUCAGUGUCGAUACUUCUGGAUCAAGUUUCACUUUUAAACUUCCCAAUAAAUUAUAUUAUUUCCAUCUUGGUAUAACAAUAAUGAUAUUAAUCUUGGAAAUUUUAGCAUACCGUUCUCUGACAUGGGUUUGGACUUUAUUUGUGCUCAUGAAUUUCGACCAAGGUUUAGAUAAAUAUCUCAAUAAAACGAAAGAUAAUGAAAAUAUAGAUCUAGAAGGAGUAACACAAACCAGACCUAAAAGAUUCACCAUCGAGGAUUAA